AUGUUGAGCUCGAUUGGGAAGCUAUUGGGCAGCCGUACUGACCUGGACAAGAGCAACGACAGUCUUGGAACCGCAGGAGGACCUGCCAGCGAGGUUUCUGAGGUGCUGAUCAAUGAGUUUUUCACGGCGAUCCAUGAGCAGGAUACUGAAGCGGUCCGGCAGUUGUUGGUUGACCACAAGGCAGACCUGACAAGGGCUCGAUUCAAGCCAGAACCCCGGACCGUUCGUUUCCCGGACGAGGUCGAGCGGGAUGCCUACACGCUUCUGGGUGCUUAUCUCGGACCUUUGACGGGGUUGCAGUACUCCAUUCUGACAGGACGGGAUGCCAUCGCCAAGGAUAUUCUCGACUCUACUUUCGAGCAAGGUGAAGGCAACUGCUAUCUUAUGUUGAUGCCAGGUUUGGAUGGCAACACAGCACUGCACUUGGCGGUCUUGCUAGGUGCAUCGGCAAUGGUGUCGGCCUUGAUUGAACGAGGCGCUGAUGUUGCCUUAAAGAACAAGCGUGGAUACUCUGCCGUGGACAUGUCGGACAAUCCAGAUAUCUUGCAAUUGUUGCAGUCAGGCGACGACGAAGAUACCCAGUAG